AUGUCUGUCGAAGCCCCCAAGUCCGUCGAGGAGACUCCUGUCGCCGAGACCUCCAAGCCUCUCCCUGAACAGCCUGAAGCCUUAACUGCUCCCGUGGAGACAUCGGCUGCCCCCACUGAGACGACCGAAGCUGCUCUGGCAGCAGAUGCUACUACCACGGAAGAGCCUGUCGCCCCAGCCACGGAGGAGGUGAAGAAGGAUGAAACGCCCGCAGCGCCUGUCCCUGCUUCAGAGGGUGUCUUGGGAUACAAAGAACCCACCCUGUUCAAGAAGUUUUUCUUCACCAAGCACUACUUCUGGUUUUCUGAAGAGCCAUCGACACCAGAGUCUUUGGCCACUUUCCUGCGCUCAGAGAAGGCUGAUGCAAAGCAUUCAACAGCCGCAUGGGCUCGCGAAACCGGCAAAGGGCUGCUGUUUUUCGCCAAACGCGUCGAAGACAAGGCGACUCCGGUUGGGAUCAUCAACCUUGCCGAUGCUUCCAGUGUCACCAAGGAAGGUUACAACCUCUUCAGUUUCAAGGCUGGCAGCCACCAGCACCGUUUCGAGGCCACCAAGGCUGACGAGCGCGCGAGCUGGAUCGUUGCAAUCGAGAAGGCUAUUGAAGAGGCCAAGGGUCUGAAAGAGGAGAUUAUCGGACGUGAGAGCUACAAGAAGAACGUUGAAGAAUAUUCCAAACCUCCCGUUAUUGCUCCAGCCGCCGCGGCCAAAACUCCGCGCUCGAAGUCCAAGGAACCCAAGAAGUCCCUCGAGGUCAACGCUGCCGCCACUGCUGCAGCUGCUACCACCCCGGCCGCCGACAACUCCAGCACCUCUGCCAAUAGCGCUGAAGAAACCCCCAAGGCCAAGAAAGAGCGCUCUCAGUCGCGCAAACGUGGCAGCAUCUUUGGAACUCUGCUUGGCAAGAAGGAGGAGCUGGCCGAGAAGAAAGAAGAAAAGGCCGAAGCCAAAAAAGAAGUAAAGGAAGAGCAAGAGACCGAGGCGGAGGAGAAGAAAGAGGAAGCCAAGGCAGACGAAGAACCUAGCAAGGCUGUCGAAGCUGCCGAGGCUUCUGCUGUCGCCGCUGCUGCCGCUCCAGUUGCUGCUGUCGCCACCGACAAGAAAGAGGACAAGGAGGAGGAAGCGCCAACUGACAAGAAGGCCAAGCGAGGUUCUGUCUUUGGCAACUUCUUCAAGCACCGUGUGACCAGCCCAACCUCUGAAAAGACCGAGAAUGAAGCGACUACAAGCUCGGAUGUCCCCCCUGUGUCGGAAACGGCGCCCAAGCUCGAAGAGCCAAUCGAGAACAAGCCAAUCAACACCGCCGACGUGACUGCUCCAGUGGAUGCCGAGACGUCUGCUGCUCCAGCUGAAGAGCCUGCAAAGGAUGCGACUCCCGUUGCCGCCGAAGCCUCCAGCACCCCCAAGACAGAAAAGAAGGGUGGUUUCAUUGGUUUCAUCAAGAAGACCGAAGCCAAGUUGGAGGGCAAGAAAGAACACAAGGAGGAGGCCAAAGAAGAGACCGCCGCUGAAGAGAUUGCCAAAGACCCUGUUGCGGCCGCCAGCACCCAACCCACCGAAACGGCCGUUACCGAUUCCGCAGCCGAGACCAAGGAAGAGCGUCCUGCACGUGACAACAAACGCCGGACGUCGCUGUUCUUCAACAAGAAGAGAACCGAGGCCACCGAUGGCGAAGAUGCUACCGCCGAACAAAAGCGCGAGAAGUCUCCAUUGCCAGGCAAGUUGAUCGGCAACCUCGUCCGCCGCGCUAGUAAAGCGGUGAAGUCGGAGGGGCCAAAGGACAAGCCUGCGGAACCUGUCACCGAAACUGCCACCACUGCCCCCAGCGCUCAUGAAGCGACUACGGUCUCGGAGACUCCUGCGCCCGUCGCAGAGGCGUCUGAGCCUAGCCAAAUCACUGGUGACGUUGUCCCGGAAGACCUUGUCUCCAAGCCCGAACCUGCGACCACUAGCAGCACUGCUCCAGAAGUCAAGGCCAGCGCUUGA